AGCGUCUAAUAAUGGUGUCAUCCACUGUCAUGGCGUCUCUGGGCCACUAGUGCUUGUUAGAGUUAGCCUUGUCAUUGUGUCAGUUUAGUCUUUUUUUAGGUAUAGGCUUUUGUGACGAUUUGGCGAACGUUCAUGGUUAGACGUCGAAUCUCGAUUUCUCCAUAAGUCAACAUGGCGGGUUCUAGCACGGCCCAGAAAACAUGGGAGCUCACGAACAGCAUGCAGGAAGUUCAAAGCAUAGAUGAAAUUUACAAAUAUGACAAGAAGCAGCAGCAGGAGAUCCUCGCAGCGAAGCCGUGGACGAAGGAUCAUCACUACUUCAAGUACUGCAAGGUAUCAGCCUUGGCCCUCCUGAAGAUGGUGAUGCAUGCCAGGUCAGGGGGCAACCUGGAGGUGAUGGGCCUCAUGCUGGGGAAGGUGGAUGGAGAGAGCAUGAUCAUCAUGGACAGCUUCGCCCUGCCUGUGGAAGGCACAGAGACCAGAGUAAACGCUCAGGCUGCGGCCUAUGAAUACAUGGCCGCUUACAUUGAGAAUGCCAAACAGGUUGGCAGGCUGGAGAACGCCAUCGGCUGGUACCACAGUCACCCAGGUUACGGAUGCUGGCUCUCCGGCAUCGACGUCAGCACUCAGAUGCUCAAUCAGCAAUUUCAGGAGCCAUUUGUGGCAGUGGUGAUCGACCCCACUCGGACUAUUUCUGCGGGGAAAGUCAACCUGGGCGCCUUCAGGACAUAUCCAAAGGGCUACAAGCCUCCUGACGAAGGACCCUCAGAAUAUCAAACAAUCCCUUUGAACAAGAUAGAAGACUUUGGUGUGCACUGUAAACAGUAUUAUGCCUUGGAAGUAACGUAUUUUAAGUCAUCCCUCGAUAGAAAGCUGCUGGAACUCCUUUGGAAUAAAUACUGGGUCAAUACUUUGAGUUCCUCAAGUCUUCUUACGAACUCUGAGUACACCACGGGCCAGGUGUUCGAUCUGUCAGAGAAGCUGGAGCAGUCGGAGGCCCAACUGGGCCGAGGCAGCUUCAUGCUCGGCCUCGACACACACGACAGGAAGUCAGAGGACAAACUGGCCAAGGCCACUCGAGACAGCUGCAAAACGACCAUAGAAGCAAUUCACGGUCUGAUGUCUCAAGUCAUUAAGGACAAACUCUUCAAUCAAAUCAACACUUCUGGCAAUUAAAACCACAACUCCAAUUUAGAGUGCACAUUUUGUUGAGUUGUAUUGCCAUUGGCACAAUUGUAUGUUUUUCAGCAUCUGUCCCAAAUCCUAUAUUUUUUUUUCAUUUGAUGGUUGUUGCCAUUUAAACCUUACAGUAGUCAAGUACAAACAUUAAAAACUGUGGUAGAAAUUA